UUCUAAAAUCAUUAACUAAUGCAAAAUCCAAAGAUGUUUAUGUCAAAAUAAGGACACGUGGCAUUCCAUUUUCCACAAGCACUUUUUUUUUAACCAAAAAUAAAAAAAAAAACAGAACCAGAGAGAAAGAACUAACCAAUAAUGGAGCUGUGUUCGAUUCGAUUGGGAGUAGAGACUUUGCAUCAUCUUCUUCAACCAAACUCAAACUCAAAGCCAAACCCAAAACCCAUCUUCAUUACAACUUGCCACGUCCACCAAACUCGCCACCUCAGCAUUUCAGCCACCAGCGCCGGCGCCGGCGCCGGCACAGCAUUAGAGAAAGCCGGAGACGGAGGCAAGAGAGUGGUGGAGCUAGUCGGAGCUUUUAACCAACUGACACACAGAAUGGGUUCAACAACUUCAUCUUCAAUUCUGUUCAAAGCCCUUAAACUGUCAAUCCCUCUUCUCCACGCGCUUCCACUCGCCCCAGACGGCCGUUCACCUCUCUCCAAGGCUUUAUCGGUAGCUUUACUCCUGGCCGAUCUUCACAUGGACGCAGAAGUAAUCUCCGCCUCAAUCCUCCGGCAUUUGGUUCAGUCCGGUACUAUUUCGAUUACCCAUGUUAGGAAUCGGAUUGGUACUGGCACAGCUCAUCUUCUCCACGAGAGUCUCAGAGUGAAUAAUCUUCCUUCGACUUUCAAAGACAUUGAUGCUUUAGACGAAGGAGACGCUUCGGCAAUUAGAAAAUUUUGCCUAACUUAUUACGACAUUAGAGCUCUGAUUCUUGAGCUCGCUCUCAAGCUUGAUACAAUGAGAAAUCUCGAUUACCUUCCUCGUUAUCACCAGCAAUUGAUUUCUCUCCAGGUAAUGAAGAUUCACGCCCCAUUGGCUCACGCCGUAGGGACCCAUCUCGUUUCUCUCGAGCUUGAGGAUCUUUGCUUUCGGUAUCUUUUCCCUUAUUCCUAUUUGUAUGUGGAUACUUGGUUGAGAACCCAUAAUGAGGCUCAUGAGAUGGGAAAGUCUCAAUCUUUGAUUGAUGUAUUUAAGGACCAGUUGUUGGUGGCUUUGAAAGCUGAUUCUUUGUUGGCUGGAAUGGUUACUGAUAUUACCGUUAAGGGUAGGUACAAAAGUAGGUAUAGUACUAUGAAGAAGCUCUUGAAUGAUGGGAGAAAGCCAGAGGAGGUGAAUGAUGUUCUUGGGUUGAGAGUUGUAUUAGAGCCAAGAAGGUUUGAGAGUGAUGAUAGUGAUGUGUUUGAAGAAAUUGGUGUGAGAGCUUGUUAUAGGACCCGCGAAGUUGUGCAGUCUUUGUGGAAAGAAAUGGCACAUAGAACGAAAGAUUACAUUGCUAAUCCGAAACCGAAUGGGUAUAGGAGUUUACAUAUGGCUGUUGAUGUGAGUGAAGAAGGUAGGAGUAGACCUAUUAUGGAGAUUCAGAUUAGAACUUCUGAUAUGGAUGUUUUUGCUGCUGGUGGAACAGCUUCACAUUCCUUGUAUAAGGCUGGUCUCACUGACCCAGAAGAGGCAAAGCGGCUCAAGGCCAUAAUGGUGGCUGCGGCUGAACUAGCAGCAUUGCGUCUUAAGGGUCUUCCAUCUACAAAUCAUAAAGGUAUUGAAAACGACCAACAAAAUAGGGUGUUUCGCCUUCUGGACAAGAAUGGAGAUGGCAGGAUCAGCAUUGAGGAACUUAUGGAAGUUAUGGAAGAGCUUGGUGCUCCUGGGGAUGAUGCCCGGGAGAUGAUGAAGCUCCUUGAUUCCAAUAGUGAUGGAUCUUUGAGCUCUGAUGAAUUUGACUUGUUUCAGCAACAGGUUGAAUUUAUGCGUAAUUUGGAAGACAGAGAUGGUCAGUACAAGCUGAUGCUGAAUGAGAAGCUUCAAACGUCGGUAAACAGCAGCAGCGACGCCAUUCAGGAAUGUAAUGGAAGCUAGCCAAAAUUGGGCAUGUAAAAAGCAAUGUGAGCAAUUAUUAUGAUGAGAAAUCAGAUUCUUGCAUAUGCACCAUAAUGUAGAUUACUUCAAUACACUAGUUAUCAGCAAUUUCAGCUUAUAUAUACAUCAAAUUUCAAACAAUUGAGCAUUCUCUACUUCUGUUUCGACGAUUUUUGUUGUUGAUACAGAGAGUGGCCCUGUCGAAGGAGAGACAACGAAGUAGCGGAUAGGGACUACGUUGUUUUGAUCGAAUUCCCAUCCAAUUUCGGUUCUAUCUGUUUGGUUAAUUUCCAGUCAAGGAAGAUGAAGAGUGUCUUCCUCCAUGUGUAACAUAUUUAUAGCCAAUGAGUUAUUUCCAUAUUCUUACUACAUAUUCUUGGUAUGUAUUUUAUGUAUAUAUAUAAUAUAGUACAUGUUUCACUUUGUUCAACUUGAUUAUUGAAUAGUGAGAGUUUGGUGAUUUCAGUUAAUAAAAA